GGAGGGUAAGAAUGGAAGGAAAAAAUAUGUAUGUUUCCAAUAGGACUAAUUUGAUCCUAUUUUGAAAAGAAAAACAUAGUAAGUUCUAUUUUGAAUUUUUGUCAUAAUUUUAGUCUUAUUUGGAGUAAUUUCUAAAAGUGUAAUUUCCAAAAUAUCAAACAACAAAACUAACUAAAAACAUAAACAUUCACACCUAAAUUACAAAGUAUCACUCCGCCACCGCUGCACAAAGGUCCGCCAUCAGCCGCACGAACCGAGGACUCCCCGAUAAGGAUCCAGCCGCUUUGCUGCGGCCACGCAGCAGCGAGGGCUCAUUCUCCGUCGCAGCACCGCAGAUCGUAGGUCGAUUCUCCACCUUUGUCGCAGCGCUGACGGCUCAAGUCCAGACGGUUCCCUCUCUUCUGGAAGAUCCGGCGAAGCUUUAGCCGGAGACGAUUCCUUCUUUUCUGGGACUCCAACUUUCCUCUGACAGGGACUUCUCUUUGACCAGCAAGUUUAAUUUUGACCUAGUCAAAAUUCCACAGCUGAAUCAAAUCAAUACUCUAACUUAGACCUAAUUAAAAAGGUGUGGGCGGAUCGUGUGGCGAAAUACAAAAUUAGCUUCGCCAGGCCUCCAAGUGACCAAGUUCAUGUAGCUGCGUUCUAGUUCGGUCUCCCCUGACCAAGCACUCCAUUCAGACCAGGGCGUUCAUCAACGACAACAUAUCAAACAUUAAAAAUAUAAAUUUGAAAUUUCUAUUAAAUUUUCUGAAAUUGCAGGACGAUUAUCCAUGCCAAUUCGUCGUGCUUGCGGAGCAAUAUGCGAGGUCGUGCAUGCUCCGGGCUAACACCCAGACGCGCGUUUGCUUGGUGCCCCGUGCCCGUACGCCUAGAGCAUGACAGAUUGAAGAGGGAAAUGGCAGGAACAUCACGUCAUGAGCAGCUUUCCAUCCACACCAAGCACUCUAGACCGCCCAAUGACCAUCGUGUAAGGAGCCAGUCGGUGAUGCCGAAGGGAGAUCUCCAAACUCAACAGUCGAAUCCUAGAUACUUGAGGGGUACACUGGACUACAGUCGUAACAGGCCAUCUGCCUGUGAUCGCCUCUGAGGUGAACCAGAUCAUGCUACGCACAGGAACCCGACACCGCUUGAUGUUGGGGUGCAGGCACUCCAGGAGGCCACUCGACCUAUUGAGGAUUUGGUUCAGGGAUUCCGGAGGCCAAUGUUGCAGGAGGCGGAGCACGUGCGUUCGAGUCAUAACACCCCUAGAGACUUGGAAGCAUCAUCCGAACGGUACGAAGGGAGACGUGCCAACACAGACGUAUCCCGAAGGGAGUAUGUGUCUCGUCAAGUUCAGCAACCACGACAACCAGGAAAGAGGCCCUCCCGGCAACACUCGUCUCGGGAAGGAGGGGAUGAUUCAUCACGUCACUCCCAUCGACCGAGUAGGCGGGCAACCUCCCCAGACGAACGCCAUGUUGGAUCUCAACCUCACAUACUCGAGAGGGUUGUAGAGUCUUCUGUGCAAGUUCAACUCCGCGCUGUACACACACGAGCAAAAUCGACACUUGAUGCGAUGGAAGAUUUGAGGCUAAAGUUGGACGAGCUGAGGAGAAGGGUUGUUGGGGGAGAGCCAUAUGUGGCCGACCUCCACAUCCCAGAACCAUUCACUCGUAUCAUGAUGAAGCACUAUUGUUAAAGGGUUACAAACUUUGCAACGAUAAGCCAUUUUAUGAAGGCAUGCAAGCUUGGGCGGAGGACCUCAAGGUCAAUAUUGUCAACAUCAAAACUAAAAGGUACGAGGAGGGUCAACUCUGCGCUGAACUCACCUCUGAAGUCGAAGAAAUAAAGGUUGACCUCGAGAGACCAAGGCGGAGAGAUCAAGAUCAAUAUUACUUCAAGACCAUGACGGGGAAACUUAUUGGUCUGGUGUAGAGCAGGACACUUCGUCAAAUUCUAUGAGCGAAACAUUGCAAGCUGGUAGAUCAAAUGCGUUGCGCAAGGCACCUUAUCAAAUUCCAUGAGCGAAACACUCCAAGUUUGUAGAUCAAGUGCGGAACGCAAAACACUUUGUCAAAUUCUAUGAGCUGAACACUACAAGCUUGUAGAUCAAGUGCGGAGCGCAGGGCACCUUGUCGAAUUCUAUGAGCGGAUCACUGCACGCUUGUAGAUCAAGUGCGGAGCACAAGGCACCUUGUCAAAUCCUAAGAGCGGAGCAUCACAAGCUGGUAGAUCAAGUGGGGAGCGCAGAUACACCCUUUCACAUUCUAUGAUCGGAUCAUCACAAAUUGUAGAUCAAGUGUAGAUUUCGGAGCAACUUCUCAAGUUCUCAAAUUCUUUCAUUACUUAAAAAAAUUCAUUUUCCAAUCUGGAAUUUAAUGAGGUCUGACCUCACUUAGAAAUGAACGGACAAUGGCCAAAAAGAAGAUAAAAAAGAAAAGAAAAAAAAAUACUAUGACGCCCCGCUCUCGGUGUUUAGUCGACCACGGCUCAAUCCUUGGGCAAG